CUUUAUAAUAGUUCAUUGAAAUCUGUUGAGAAUUCAUCUUUGUAAUUUAAACAGAUAUGCACACGAACGAACCUAUUAUCAUGUCAUCAGCUCCAACCAGUUGUAGUAGAAGAUGCCUCAAUCUUUUGGAGAAAUGCAAGAACAUGAAGCACCUAAAACAAGCUCAUGCACAAGCAUUCACUUGUGCCCUAACCAACAAUUCCAAUACUUUAAGCAGAAUCUUAGCCUUUUGCUCACACCCAACUCACGGAAAUCUUCACCAUGCUCGCAAACUCUUCCAACAUAUUCAAAACCCCACCAUUUGCAUUUACAACACCAUGAUCAAAGCUUUUCUUCUCAGAGACCAGAUCUUUGAAGUUUUUAAUCUGUACGUUACCAUGUUACAAAAUGGCAUGUACCCAGAUAAUUAUACGUUGCCUUAUGUGUUAAAAGCUUGUGCCAAGUUUGAGUGUUGUUUUCUUGGUGAAUCGGUUCAUGGGUAUUGUUUGAAAGUAGGGUUUGGUGAUAUUAUUGUGGCUAAUUCUUUGAUUUUAAUGUAUUCUAGUGGGAUUUUUAGUGAUAUGAGAGCUGCUAGAUAUGUGUUUGAUGAAAUGCCGAGUCCAUGUGUUGUGUCGUGGACGUUAAUGAUUUCUGGGUUUGCUAAAGUGGGUGAUGUUACAAUUUUCAUUUGA